CAUCAUCAAGCAAGCAAAUUUCGCCCCGGCCGGCGCACACUUGUCAAACGUUUCUGUUUUUGUCGGUUGACCGCGGUCCUAAAAAGUAAAUUUCUUUCGUCGGAAAGUCGCGUAUUUUUCAGUAAUUUUGUGAGAACUUCUAGGGCCAAAAUGGGGGACAACAACCUCCUGGCGGCGUACAAACUUAUAAACUCGCAGCUGGUGCAAAGCAAUCAGAAACUCAAAGAGGAAAUCAAGGAAAAGGUGGACUUGAUCAACUGCCUGAAUGAAGAUCUGAUGCAGUAUCGGAUUGAAAACAAAACGCUUCGGGACAUGGUACAGAAGCUGUUGGAGCAGUUCAAGAUGGUAACGACGAUCAUGGGAUCGGUCCGGGAUCAGAGCGAGUCGGUGUUCAAUACGGUCUUCAACGAACACGCCCAAAAGGAGCACGAACAACAGACGCGGAGACCGGUGGCCGGAUUGUUCUACGAGAAACGACGGGCAGAGCGACCGCCCUAUGUGGACGAAGCGGCGAUUGAGGAGGCGGAGGACGAGAACCAUUCCGAGGGAGACUACGAAACGGCAAUCCAGGAGGAAGAAGAAACUGGCGAGGAACUGCUCGGAGAAGAAGAGGAAGAGAUGGAAGAGGAAUGUACUACGCCAUCGAAAAGCCCGCUGGUCAAACGGUUAGGACGAAAGUCCAGGAAUCGUAGCUUUGACGAAUCGUUCGAAACCAUCGACACCAACAGGGUGGUCAAAGCGGUCCGUAAAAGUCAGGAAUAUAUGCAACGGAGGAAUUCCCGGGAUGGCAGGCCCAGCGACGAGGAAAGUCUGCAUGAGAAAAGUGAGCGGAAGAUGGAAGAGGAUGUCUCCAGUAUGACCGUAUCGGCACCGGUCAUUACUAUUGAUGCUACUUCUGCUACAAAUGAAACGAAAGGUCAAACAACAAUACGGAACGGCGCACAUGUUCUUGAAGCCAGCAGUUUCUCCAGCAGUUCCGGAGUUCCAAGUGACCAGAGCACCCAAAGUGAGUUGAACCCGACGACGGAUCAGAGUCUCCGGCCGGUGUCGAUGAAGCGCAUGGCAAGCGAUUCCAUGCUGACGACCCUAAUCGAGCGAGAAGCCAACAAGGAGAAUAGCUUCGUCAACAAUGACACAAUUUCCAACGCCGCUUCUUCCACCCCCGUCGUGAAAAAAGGUCGACGGAAGAAGCCAAAGCCAUCCUACCCGCACAGUAUUUCCGGUUUGUCCCCGGUGCCGUUCGUGUCCCUGAAGCCCCUGACGAAGCAGAAUCUCAGCAAGCACAACAUAUCAUACGAAGGACUCGAACUGACGGCCAAUGGCGUCCAUAAGAAAAUUAAAGCCGAGGACAGUUGUAGCGAUCAGAAUAGCAUAGAAUCCAACGAAUCCGGAAGACCCCGACGAAAAGCUGCUCCUAAGACGUUGAAGGAACAGAGAAUUAAUAUAAAACUGCGACGGACGUAGUGUACUUUGUUCUUGUUUUUCUUUUAUGAUAAUUUAAAGACUUACACCAGUGACACCUAUUAGCAGUCAUUGUCAUUCAUUUGUACACCCUAUUAUGUAGAUUGCAAGUAACAAUACAAUUUUAGAAUUUUCA